UGAACUUUUCACAUCUUCUGCAGCUGCAGGGAAGUCAACAUUUGUCAGGCUACUGGAGAAACACAGUGAUGAGUGGGAGAUCAUCCCUGAACCCAUCGCCAAGUGGUGCAACAUCCAGACAGCCGAGGAUGAACACCAGGAACUUUCAACAUCUCAGAAGAGUGGAGGAAAUCUACUUCAAAUGCUGUAUGAUAAACCCACAAGAUGGGCUUAUACAUUUCAGACUUAUGCUUGCUUGAGCCGAGUAAGAGCACAAUUAAAACCUGUCUCAGCCAAGCUACAGGAAGCAGAACAUCCAGUGCAAUUUUUUGAGAGAUCUGUGUACAGUGACAGAUACAUAUUUGCUUCUAACCUGUUUGAGUCUGGAAAUAUUAAUGAAACAGAGUGGGCUAUUUAUCAGGACUGGCACACAUGGCUUUUGAAUCAGUUUGAAUCGGACAUAGAACUGGAUGGCAUGAUCUACCUAAGAACCACACCACAGAAAUGCAUGGAAAGGCUACUGAUGAGGGGAAGACAAGAGGAGCAAGGAAUUGAGCUUGAAUAUUUGGAAAAUCUCCACUAUAAACAUGAAACCUGGCUUCACGAAAGGACUAUGAGAGUUGAUUUUGACAACCUUAAAGAGAUCCCCAUUCUAGUUUUGGAUGUUAAUGAAGACUUUAAGAAUGAUAAAAUUAAACAGGAGUACCUGAUUGAUAAGGUCAAGUCUUUUCUGGCUUCUUAAGAACAUUAAAAUUUAUUUGAA